GGUAUGCAGGUCAUAGAGAAUCAGUUUAGGCAGAACCUUCAAACGAUUGAAGAUCUCAUGCAAUUAAUCUGGAGGUCCCAUGCCCAGGCUUAUGAAACAGAAAUGUUCCUCAUUGCUGAGAUAGAAAGAGAGCAAAGGAAGAGCACCACUAAGGCACAAAUUAUUGCCGACUUACAACAAAGUGUGGAUCAAACAUUGGCUUCAACUGCACUCACGUCAACAACAAAUGUCAUAAUGCACGGAAUGGAAGGCCAAGGUUGUGGGGAUGAGAUUGUUGGUGAUUUUGAGUGUGGAAAGGAGAUGAUAAGUGGGAAUGUUUUUGUGGGCGAGGAAGGGGAAAUGAGCAUUCCUCUCCAUAUUGCAUCCCAGGAUUUGGUGAAGGGAGGAAUAGAGAUGAGACAGCAGAAAUGUUCUGCAUUGAGCGUCCGAGGAAUGUUGGAGUAUGGGUAUGGACACCACCAACAAAGUGGGGAGUAGGAUAUGUUUCA